ACCCACUUUCCCUUUGAAGACUCAGAGUCACAUAUAGUGCAAAACCAAGGCGAACUAAGCACUUCCAGAUUUUCCCAACCCUUCUUCUUUACAAACAAACCCCACCCAAAAUUUCCCUUCUUCCAACUUCAAAUAAUGUCGGGUGUCACCAACCAAGAAGAGGACAAGAAACCUACCGAUCAAUCAGCUCAUAUCAACCUCAAAGUCAAGGGCCAGGAUGGGAAUGAAGUUUUCUUCCGGAUCAAAAGGAGUACCCAACUGAAGAAGCUAAUGAAUGCUUACUGUGACAGGCAGUCGGUUGAUUUGAACUCCAUUGCAUUCUUGUUUGACGGCCGCCGACUGCGUGCAGAGCAGACUCCGGAAGAGCUGGAAAUGGAGGAUGGAGAUGAGAUUGAUGCAAUGCUUCAUCAGACUGGAGGUGGAGGUGCUAUUAUCUAAGUUAACCUCGAAGACAAAAUAGUUCCUCAAACAUCAUUCGCAAUCCUAUAAUUUUCUUACUACUGCUAGUAUAUGCCUGAAAUUCUGCUGCUGGAUGUUGCUUUUGUCUAUAUAAAUUAUGACUACGAUUUCUGCCUCUUCCAGUUCUCUAGAAGUGAAAGAGACUAUGUUGGGACUCCUUUAUAUACGUAAAUGCUGUUGAUGUCGAUUCCUCCUGUUUCAUUUUUCUGAGUACAUCCUGAAGUUACAAUGUGAUUAUGUUUGGCUUGUGUAUCUUUGUUUCUGGGACAUGAAACUUUCAAAAAGGUAAAAUAACAGUUCUUGUGAAGGAGCUUCAAAGAUUUUUAGCGUA